CACCUAGCGUAAAGCAGUGAUACUCGGGCACCUGUAGACGUUCCCGAAUCGGUUAAUUACGUUUCCAUCGCGCAUUGCGUAUUCUCAAAAUAGUAUUUCAUUCAUCGAUAAAGCGUGAAUUCGCAACGUGGAUAUCUUCCGCAAGGCACGAGGAGAUGGUCGUCAAAGGCACUGGACCGCAGCUGGAAAAGCAGAUUGGCUGCAUCAAGUUCACAAUUUUCUGCUUAAACGCGAUAAUAUGGAUCUUGGGUUGUGCGAUGUUCGGUCUGUCGAUAUGGAUGCGGUUCGAGCCGAUAUUCGAGGAGUGGGUGGAGUUCCUGAACAUGUAUGAGUUCUAUAUUGGAAUUUACGUACUGAUCGCCACUUCGGUAAUCGUCAUGGCUAUCGCUUUUAUUGGCUGCGCCGCCGCUCUUAUGGAACACAUAUUAGCUCUGUACACCCACGUGGGUCUUCAAGCAUUCUGUUUCAUCUGCGGUCUAACUGGAGCGGCGGUCAUUCUUGAUUACUCUACAUAUGAUAGCCAAAUUCAACCCAUCAUAGAGCGGUCCAUGUAUAAUCUUAUCAGCAAUUCCCACAAAGAAAAUGCGAGCUUCAUCUUGAGAGUAAUUCAGGAAACUGUCGGAUGCUGUGGGGCUGACGGACCCAGGGAUUACACGCAGAUGCACAAACCACUGCCUACCGAGUGUCGGGACACCGUCACCGGAAAUGCUUUCCACCACGGCUGCGUCGAAGAAUUGUCUUGGUUCUUGGAGGCGAGAUCGGGAUGGCUCGCCGGUCUGGCGAUGGCGUUGUGCAUGCUUCACGUGAUUAUAGCUGUCCUGACGCUGAUACUUGUACGAGCGAUCAAGAAAGAGGAUGAAUCAAUUACGUUCAAGCGUUAAAAGAUUACAUCUGCGAUGUAACAAUGGUAGAUUGUAAUUAUUCCAAUCGCAAUUCGAAUUUUUAUAAGACAAAACAUUUUAUAAGAAACUUGAAGAUGUAGAUUUUUAUCAUUGACAAAAACUAAUAGAGUAUAGAGAUAUAUUAAGACAUUUUUAUAUUUGUCAGGGAAUGAUGUGUUCCUAAUGUAUUCUUUUAAUACAAUACCGAAGACUCAAUUUUCAACGAAUUGCGUUUUCGUUAUAACACAUCUGUUCAGAGAGCAUGCAACAAUUCUCGAAAUUACAGACCGACUUUAUCAGAAUACAUAUAAUUAUCAUGAACAAACAUAUCAUUUAUAAUAUUUUAUAUA